CAGAUGCUGCCUGCUUCAUGGGUGGUGGAUGCAGCCAAUUAAUGAUGUGGUAUUUUAUCUGUUUAAAAUGUAUAAACAGUAAGCUUUACCCCAUGGAGUCAGACAUAAAGUCACAAAAUCAUCAGGUGGGAAAUCAAGACAACUUCCGUGUCUCUCUCCCGUGGGAAAUUGCCUUUUAGAAAUAUAUGGACUUCAGUUUAUUGGAGGUAAAGCGUAUGUGGCUACGAACCAACCCUCUGGACUCGACUAAUUAUAUCAUUCUGCAUCGCAGCGCUUGACAUCGCGCGUAGAUUACUCUUUCCCUUUUGCAGCGAACAGAAUGAGACCAACGAUAUAGACGUUCGACUUUUAAAUAAGAAUGAAUUGAGGGGUUGGUUGGAAAGCAGCAAGUCACAUGGACAUCAACCGGUUCCGCGCUAAGGAGAGAAGCACUGCUUUCUGGAAUCCAGCAGUCAGAGGGAAUAUGUAUUUAAGCUCCGACUACGCGGAGUUCCAACCAUAAACACAUUGACAGAGACCAAAACGCAAAGUAUUUUAAUCUUAUCUAACUAACAUUUUAUCAAAAGACUCUUGUUAUCUGUCAAGACGACAAUGAAUACCAACGAUGCAAAGGAAUAUCUCUCAAGAAGGGAGAUACCUCAACUGUUUGAGAGCCUGCUGACAGGUUUGAUGUAUUACCGACCAGAAGACCCUAUCGAUUACCUGGAGACCUGCCUGAAGAAAGUGAGAGAGCUGGGAGGCACAGAGAAAGUCAGAUGGGACACAUUUGUAGGACAAGAGAAGAAGUCUUUGCCUCCCCUCAAUGGAGGCCAGUCACGGAGGUCUUUCUUUCGAAAUGUUCUGCCAGACAGCCCCAACUUUCCCUAUAGGAGGUACGAGCGCCUCCCCCCAAUCCACCAGUUCUCCAUCGAGAGUGACUCAGACCUGUCUGAAACAGCGGAGCUCAUUGAGGAGUACGAGGUGUUUGAUCCGUCCAGGGCUCGCCCCAAAGUGAUCCUUGUCAUAGGUGGCCCUGGCAGCGGCAAAGGCACGCAGAGUCUGAAGAUCGCCGAGCGCUACGGCUUUGAGUAUGUCUCCGUGGGGGAGCUGCUGAGAAAGAAGAUGAUUCACAAUGCCACCAGCAACAGGAAAUGGAGCCUGAUUGCAAAGAUUAUCACAAAUGGGGAGCUGGCCCCGCAGGAGACAACUAUAACUGAAAUCAAACAGAAAAUUAUGAAGAUACCGGAUGCCACUGGAAUUGUCAUCGAUGGCUUUCCCCGUGAUGUUGGACAGGCGCUAUCAUUUGAAGAUCAGAUCUGCACCCCAGACCUGGUGGUCUUCCUCGCCUGCACCAACCACGGCCUGAAGGAGCGCCUGAAGAAGCGGGCCGAGCAGCAGGGUCGCCCAGACGACAACCCCAAGGCCACCGAGCGCCGCCUCACCAACUUUAAGCAGAAUGCCGUCCCUCUGGUCAAGUACUUCCAGGAGAAAGGAUUGAUCAUCACACUCGAUGCCGACAGGGAUGAAGAGGACGUCUUCUUCGACAUCAGUCUGACUGUGGACAACAAGCUCUUUCCUACCAAAGAACCAGUGGCAGGCCCUAGUGAGCUUGACCUUAGUUUGCUGUCAGAUACUACAAGCUUAACAGAGGCAGAUGAUCCCUCCAAAUUUGAUGAACAGGCAGAUGAGGAGGAGGAGGCGGCAUGUGCAGGGUGUUCCACAGAGAUCGGCCUUCCUGUGGAAUUGAAGAAACCAAAGGUCAUCUUCGUGAUCGGUGGUCCUGGCUCAGGGAAGGCUUUGCAGUGCGAGCGUCUGGAGGAACGGUAUGGCCUGAGGCGUCUGACCCCCGGGGAGAUCUUAUGCAAUGAGCUCCAGUCACACAGCGAGAGGAGCCGAUACCUACGAGACCUCCUGCAGGGAGGAGAGCCACUACCACAGGACAACCUUUUGGACCUGCUGUGCGAGUCCAUGACUGCCCCCACACGCCACGGGAAGAACUUUCUGAUCAGCGGUUUUCCACGGGACCUACGACAGGCAGAGGAGUAUGAAGCCAAGGUUAGAGCCAGGGAAGGGCAUAUGAGCCAGCCCAGCCUGGUACUCCUGCUGGAGUGUUCGGCCGACACCCUGACCAGCCGGCUGCAGCAGAGGGCCAGGACGGCGCUGCGCUCGCAGGACGGCCGGGACGCUGACCAGGACGUCCAGAGGAGGGUGGAGAGCUUCUGCAGCACCAGCCGACCCGUGGCCUCCCACUACAAACACAGAGGCCUUCUGCACAAGAUUGAUGCAGAGAGGCCCCCGGAUGAGGUGUUUGAGCAGAUCUGUGCAGUCCUGGACGACUGCUAGAAGCCCUGAAAUCAUGCUGCUGCCCCCAAGUGGAGCAGACACUCAAAUCACCACCAAGCUUGCACAGUCAAGGCACACUGAAGUGACAUCUGCUGAGAGAUCCACCAGCACACACACACACACACACACACCAACAAAACUCCUGUUCAGUCUCCUUCUUGCUUCUGUCCCAUUAAUGAAAAACAAGUGUCAAAUCCUUGAUACGCGUGUUUCUCUUUGCAAUCCGUCUUUCUCUCGCUCCAUUUGUACACAGCUGCCACUGAGAUAACUACCCUGAAAUAUAAACACCAUCUUUUGUUGCUAACGCUAAGCGCUUGCCCCCUUACGUUAAGUGCUUAGGUAGCCCACAGAACGAAGAGAGGUUUGCUGUUCUUACCUUACCCAACAAAAGUCAGAUGGCCUGGGGGUGUACAACGCCUGUCUGUAACUGUUCUUACGUACUUCUCCUCUGAUGCUUUACAUAGUGUUGAGCAUGCAAAUACCAGCUAUGUGACAAAUCAGCCAAUUGCCUUUUGUGUUUUAAGACCCGCGCCCCCCAGAAAACUCAACAUAUAAAAUGUUUGGAAUUCUUUUUUUUUUUUUGUCUAGCUGGAGUCUUCACAGCCUCAUGUAAGCCCUGCCUUUGGAUUCAAUAAAAGCGUUUCAUAAGGAAA